AUAUAUAUAUAUAUAUGACUAACGUCGAGUUCCAAGACAUUUUUUACCAGCUAACCGCGAGUUCCAAGACCGAUGUAUAGUUCCAGGACAGUCUUGGAACUGAUAUAUGCCUAAUGUUGACUUCCAGGACCGAAAUGAUAGUUCCGGGACAGUCUUGGAACUGAUAUAUGUAUAAUGCUGACUUCCAGUACCCUAAUAUACUGCAUAGUUCCAGGACGUUUAUCACGUUGAUAUCGUCUCUAUUGCGUUCUUAUAAAAUCUAUUCAUUCGAUUUCGACUGUCCCGCAUGUCAGAAAUAUCUUUGCACAAGGAAUGAAAAUGGUUUUCUCAAUGAAAUUAUAUUCUUCUCGGAAUCGGAAUGACAUUCGGUUCUAAAUGUGCCAUUGGUCCGAACAUUUCUCGGUAUAUGAGUGGAAGUUUCCGCUUUAGAUGGGAAAUUAACUAUUUCUUCGCAUUUCAAUUCUUCAAGUAGAAGUUCACUAUAUGUAUAAAUGACAUGAGGAAAUAUAAGAUGUCAAUAUGUAGUACGCAGUUCAAUGGGAUAUCAGGCGAUAUUUUUGAAAUAUAUCUCUUUAUUGUUGAGUUUCGGGACAUUAAUUUUCGGUUGAAAUUUUUAUCAUCUCGCAUUACGCAAUAAAUAUAUAUUUUUUUCAUUCGUUCUUUUCUUCAUGAAAUGUGUGGGUCAGGAAUUUGUGCAAAUAAUAUGUGGAUAUUCCUUUCUAUUGCUUAUGGGAUGCAGAUGUACUCGCAUUUGAAAAAAGUGAUGUAUGCAGGGUCUUCCAUUGGAAAUGUCCAUAAGAAGUUUAUGGAUAAAUGAUAAGGUUCGACUCACUGAUGACGAAUCCGUCCUCAAAUUCAACUCUGACCGUUCAGCCGUAUAGGUACACGAUAAUUCUCUAAUGAAAGGUCUUAGAAACUUAAAAUUUUCAGAGUAGGUUUGGAUCAGAAAUGCCGCGGUUAAGUUCGUUUAUGGAUAAAAUCCGAUUAUGGUUUCCGUAAAUAUUGACGUUCGAAAUUUCAUUUUCUUGUUGAUGUCGGAACUGCAGUUUCGAUCGCGAUAAAGAUUUCCAAUUGGAUGGAAAAUGACAUUUAAAUGCUUUGUGCAAAAUUUAAUGCUCAUCAUCUAAUCAGCACAAUAGAAAAUUAAAAAAGAAUAACCAAAAAAAUGACCAAUAUUUACGUGACCACACAACUGAUGGAUAUCAGAUUAUGAAAACCAUGACAAAUGGACUAUAGAAGUUUCAAGGAGAAUAUUGAAAAUAGAGCCGUGAUUACAGAUCCGAUUCAAUUGAGAUUUUGAAUGUUCAUAUACAGGGUGUUCCAAAUUGAGUCGGCACCAUUGCCAACUCUGUUAUUAUGGAUGCUACGAUGUCGGUUAAAUGGGCAAACUGGUAGCAUUCUCAGUGGCCUUCUCGAUGCCGAAAAAAAAAAAAUAGACGCGUUGUCAUAAUAUUUCAUAAAAUGAUAUUUUUUCAAUGGAACACCCUAUAUUUUUUCAUGCAUUUAGAUUCGUAAUAACAUUCUCAGCAACAAAGCUUAUCUAACAUUUUUUCGUAAAGGUGAAAAUAAGACAGUUGUAUUAAUAGGAAACAUUUAUAACAGACGGAUUUGAUAAAAUGCUAUAAAAUAUCGAGUUAAUGUUCAAAAACACCGCCUUCUCGUUGAACACAUAUUUGGGCCCUGUUAAUUUUUGUUUUGUUUUCGGCAUUUUUGUUUAAGAUUAUCGAGUAAUGAUCGGAUGAUGAGGAUGAACCAUUAUUUAAUUCGAUUGCGCCCACGCUCGACUCUAGAUAAUUUGAUAUAAAAAAUGAAGAAUAUCAUAAAAUAAUGGAAUGUGGUAUGAAAUAAUGAAACUUAUAUUUCUCAAGAAGGAUCAGUUGGAAGUGAUGAAAUAGAAUUGUUUUCUUAUAUUUUGCAUUCCAUUUUUGAGGAAUCAACAUUCUGAUUAGAGAUUUUUUUUUUUUCUUUCAUUGAAGGCAUCGACUGCUAUGGUCAUUAGCCUCUAACCUAACCAUCACCGGACAUGUACAACAUCCAUGACCUAGCCAGGAUUCGAACCCGGUACCUUCGGCACCACAGUCGACAUCUCUGUCCACUGCACUACCGAGGUAGUCUGAUUAGAGAAUUGAAAAGAUAAUAAUGCAGAACCCCAAGUGGUCAUGAAAUCCGGCAACGUAAAGCGAACGCCGACAAGCCUGAUGAGUUCUUGAAAACUUCACUUUCACUUUGAAAAUGUGUGCAGUAAAACUGUCUGCGCGAAAAUUUGAAUUACACUUCUCAGUUUAGUUUUUAGUGGUGUUUCCGAAUAUCGAAACAGAUUUUCAAAAUUCCGAUGUACAGGGUGUUGUUACGAGGAUUCAAACUAUUCAUAAUUUUUUGUUAACCAGGACCUGAAUUUUCGAGGUGGUUAUUGCAUGAUACGUUUGGGCUCUCAAUUAGGAACAUAUUUGCCAAAUAUGAAGAAAAUAUACUGGGUGGUUCGUUUGAAAUGGCCUCUGAAAGGAACGGGCAAAACGCAUAAAACACUCUGUAUCUCGCCUACGAAGACUGUAAGACCCAAUGAAUGGGGUAUCUCCAGAAUCGCCUUGGUGUCAACUAAGCACCUAUGAAGUAUUUCCGUUUCCCAAUGAAACACCCUGUAUACGCGAAAUUUGCAGGGAAGGUUCGGAUCUCCAAUGCCGCAGUUGAGUUCGUUUAAUAAGCAGAACCUGAAUAGGGGUUCCGUAAAUAUGGCCGUUCGAAAUUUUGUAUUUUGUGAAUUUCGAAACCAAAGUCACAUUUGCGAGGGAAAUUUGCAUUCAGAUGUAGAAUGACCAUAUAAAGCUUCGUGCGAAAUAUCUUGUUGAUCACUUGAUCAGAACCAUAGAAACUCUGUUACCACAGAACUGACGUUGAGUUGAGAUUUUGGGUAUUGAUAUAAAAUAGCAAUGCUAAGCUCCUCGCCAAAUUUCAAGCUUAUCGCAUAAUGAGAACCAUAAAAAAUUAACCAUAGAAAAUUCAAGAAGAAUAUUGGAUAUUAAAAACUUGAUAUCUCUGUGAUUACAGAUCUGAUCAGAUGGAGAUUUCGCGUGUAUACAUAAAAUGAUCAUUCGAGACUGCGUGCACAAUUUCGUGCGGAUAGCAUAAACAGAACAAUAGAAAAUUCAAGAAGAAUUAAAAAAAUGUACACCUAAUAUAUAAGUUACAACAAAUUUGCUCGAGUUGAAAUUUUGCCUGAAUAUAUAAAUUAUCAAUUUUGAUCUUCAUGCAAAAUUUCGUGUGAAUAGAGGCUUCUACAUAAAAUUCAAGCAGAAUAUUGAAAAUAUUAAAGUCCGGCUUGAAAAGACUCCUCGGGGUCGGUAUAGAGAUGAUUCAGAUAUAGGUACAUCUUUUUAAUGUUGAAUUUCGGGACCGUAACCAGAUGUCUUCAAUCCAUAUAGUGAAUUCUCCAGUUAUCGGCAAUACAAGGGUUGUAAAUAAAUGUUUACACCACGUCUGGUGUUUUCUUCAAGAUGUGGAUGAUGAUAUUCCCCCUCUUAUCGAAUUUUUGCUGCAAGAGCCCUAGUACAGCGUUGCCGUUCGUACGAUAAUUAUCGUUUUGUACGAUAAUUUGCUGCUCAAUUCUAUGUACGAUAUCGCAUGUACGAUAAUAGCGUUUUGUACGAUAAUUUCAGUGUACCUAUCAUUUGAGCUAAAGUGUCAAUAGAUACUCAAAAUAUAAUGAAACUCAGUAUGACCAGAUUUAGUUGAUAUCCAAUUUUUCAGUAGAUUAUUGCAUUUUCAGGAAGUUUUUAAUAGGAAGAAAUCAUUUGAUAGAUUUUAGUAGUUUCAAAAAAUCUAACCGAGACGGUUGGGAAUGUCUAGACUCAAGAAUGUUCCGAUGAAUCAAUUCAUAUUCAAUAUAAUAUACUUUUCAAUUGAAAAGGGCGUAUCUGCAAAAUAGCACAUUUGGGAUAUUUGUCUUUGAAGACUUUCAUUUCAUCCACAGAUUCAAUUGAAUUAAUAUGAAGAAAAAAUAAAUGAUAAUGCAUGUUAAUUAAAUUUAAUCUGUAGAUGGCACAAAUGAAAGUAUUUAAAGUUCAAUCAAUAUCCCAAAAGUGAUUUUUUGUAGAUACGCACGCACUUCUCAAUUCAAACGUCAGUAUAGAUUCAUCAUAUUCCAAUCUGAUCACGCUGAUGAAACUGUUGAAAUGAUGUUCGAUCAAUACAUUGCUUUCCGGAAAUAAAGAGGAUCUUAUACGAAUUCAAUACAGUAAUUACAAUAUCUUAUGCAUAAUGGACCUGUACUUAGCAACUCUCAUGCUUGUAGACACCUCUGAUAAUGCUUUGUCGGCAUUAUCCAUAACAGAAUUACGGUUCGUUUUAUGGGUCGGCUUUAAAAUUCAGUAAAGACGGAUAACUUUUUUGACCGUUAUGCAAAUUUAGGUAGCUAUUAUUUGAAAGCGUUGAAUAUUUUGCAAUAACCUGGACCACUUUAGGAAUCACUGGCCUGGCGUAUACCGAUGACGAAUACAAAAAUCACAUUUGGCAAAACCAGAGGCAACGCCGACAAAGUGGAUAUACAAAGGAUAAUAAUAAAUCUCGAAAAUAGACGUGCUCGUAGGGAAAUAAAAAUAAUUAUCUUGAAAGCGAUAAUAAACUAAUAAACUCUGAAGGGUGCGAUUUUCGACUGCCUUGAAGAUUUCAAAGGAAAGUAAAAUGAUUAUUGGUUCAUUUUUAUGGAAUUUUUACGAAGAUAUAUCUCUGUAUUUCCAAUCAAUUAUUUAGAUUCAUAAUAUUUUAUAUGUGGUUAUGGGAGCAAAUGUUCAAUUGUUGAAAGCACAUUAAAAAGACCAUCAAAAAUAUAAUAUACGUUUCAAUUGAAAAGGGCGUAUCUGCAAAAUAGCACAUUUGGGAUAUUUGUCUUUGAAGACUUUCAUUUCAUCCACAGAUUCAAUUGAAUUAAUAUGAAGAAAAAAUAAAUGAUAAUGCAUGUUAAUUAAAUUUAAUCUGUGGAUGGCACAAAUGAAAGUAUUUAAAGUUCAAUCAAUAUCCCAAAAGUGAUUUUUUGUAGAUACGCACGCACUUCUCAAUUCAAACGUCAGUAUAGAUUCAUCAUAUUCCAAUCUGAUCACGCUGAUGAAACUGUUGAAAUGAUGUUCGAUCAAUACAUUGCUUUCCGGAAAUAAAGAGGAUCUUAUACGAAUUCAAUACAGUAAUUACAAUAUCUUAUGCAUAAUGGACCUGUACUUAGCAACUCUCAUGCUUGUAGACACCUCUGAUAAUGCUUUGUCGGCAUUAUCCAUAACAGAAUUACGGUUCGUUUUAUGGGUCGGCUUUAAAAUUCAGUAAAGACGGAUAACUUUUUUGACCGUUAUGCAAAUUUAGGUAGCUAUUAUUUGAAAGCGUUGAAUAUUUUGCAAUAACCUGGACCACUUUAGGAAUCACUGGCCUGGCGUAUACCGAUGACGAAUACAAAAAUCACAUUUGGCAAAACCAGAGGCAACGCCGACAAAGUGGAUAUACAAAGGAUAAUAAUAAAUCUCGAAAAUAGACGUGCUCGUAGGGAAAUAAAAAUAAUUAUCUUGAAAGCGAUAAUAAACUAAUAAACUCUGAAGGGUGCGAUUUUCGACUGCCUUGAAGAUUUCAAAGGAAAGUAAAAUGAUUAUUGGUUCAUUUUUAUGGAAAAAAAUUUCGUUUUUCGUUUCUGCAAGAAUUCUGAAAUUUCAUAUUUUGAAAAUCUUGGGAGGGGUAAUUACUAUAUAAUACUAGUACUCUUCACUAUUUCUAUACGGUCUUGCUUACUGACUGACUGAUAUUUGUACGUUUUUGAGACUCAAUUAUUAAGUGAAGUUAGUGAAGGUGUUUGAAGUUUUUUUAUAAGUUAUAUUUGCCUUUGACCUAAGGACUUUUUGUUUAUUCAGUUAUUAAAGGUAAGAGCUUAAUAUACAAUUCGAUAUUUUUCAACCUUAAAAUUACUUUUUUGAAGAUAUAAAACUUGAAAACGAUUUAUAUUUGAAUGUAUUAGAUUUUUGUGUAUAACCAAUAUCGGGUGUUUCAUGUCAUCGUAUAUAGGCAAAAUCUCGCUCAUUUGACGAGAUAAUAAAAAAAUUUCUGUUACUAGGGCCUAGUAACAGUUGGAAUAAUACAGAUCUAUUCUGAAUUUCUCCAAGUGAAUAUUAGAACUCUGAAAAUAGACGAGCAGAUAAAUUCGAUUUUUUUAAUCUGAAGUUGGUUGUGUUGUGAAUAUUUCGGAGUGAAAACUUGUGUUUGAAUAUUUCGAUCUUUUUGUAAGGUAAGAUCUAUUGAUAAUCUUAAUUGAGACAGUUAAAUAAAGAAAUUGUGUUUUCCAGGAAAGCAAAAAUGUUUGGUCUAGUUCAUUUUCCCGACCAGACUUACGGAAUAUAUUCAAUGAAAAAUAUUUCAAAGAAAAAAGGAGAUAAUAAUGCCUGCAUUGUAAAACAUAGAGGUGCCAAAUAUGAAGCAGUACUGAUAACAGAAAAAGAGAAAAAAGAAGAACUGAGGGUACUUCAAGAUGAAAUGGUUGGACAGCUAAAAUCAGUAAAGAAAUCUGUAAGCGAUAAUAAUUUCACUGAUUCGAAAAUUGGAGAAAAAUAUGUGGAUAUGGACAGACCAUCUACUUCCUCCAUCAACCAUAAAUAUGUUUCCUCCGUUGUUAAAAAAGAUGAAGAAAGUAGUGAUGAAGCAAUUCAAGAGCAAAGAGAAGAACAGAGGAUUCUUCAAGAUGAAACGCUCGAACAAAGAGAAUCAGUAGAAAAAUCUAUAGGCAAUAAUCAUUCCACUGAUUCAAAAAUUGGAAAAAAAUAUGUGGAUAUGGAAAGACCAUCUACUUCCUCCAUCAACCAUGAAUAUGUUUCCACCGUUGAGGGUAGAGAUGAACAAAGUAGUGAUGAAGCAAUUCAAGAGCAAAGAGAAGAACAGAGGAUUCUUCAAGAAGAAACGCUCGAACAAAGAGAAUCAGUAGAAAAAUCUAUAGGCGAUAAUCAUUCCACUGAUUCAAAAAUUGGAAAAAAAUAUGUGGAUAUGGACAGACCAUCUACUUCCUCCAUCAACCAUGAAUAUGUUUCCACCGUUGAGGGUAGAGAUGAACAAAGUAGUGACGGAGCAUUUCAAGAGAAAAUAAUUAUAGAAGAUAUAUUGCUUAAUCCGCGGAGAUCGCCAGAAAAAUCUCUAGUCUAUGAGGAUUUCAAUGAUUUUUCAAUUGGAACAGAAUAUGUGGAAAUUAACCGAUCAUCUACUUCUCUUAUGAAGAACUUCGAUGAUACUGUUUUCUCCACUGUUUGUGGAGAGGAGGAAGACAGAUAUGCAGAAUUUCAAGAUAAUAGUACCAUGGAAGCUUCAGAUAUGAAUGUUGACAAAAACAAACAGAGUAUUAUGCAACAUCAUGGAAUACCAGUUCAAGUGGAACCUGAAGAUGAGAUAGAAUUAUCAGUUUAUGGAGACAAUUCUGAUGAUGAUUCAGAUUAUAAUUUAUCUACUUAUUCAGAAACGCAAUCUGAUAACUCACGAGAUGGCAGUCGGAGCUCAACACCAUGUUCCUUUCUAUCUGAAAUGGAUCUGAAUAUUGAGGAGAAAACGCAACCGAAUGAGUCCAAUAAUAAUUCCCUCUCGAAAAGCAUCCAAGUUCAUUUAUCUGCCUCGUUAAACGAACCAGGGUGCGAUGAUGAAAAUAUGAUGGUAACUGAGUCCCGCGGAAGAAAAGGAGACAAGAAGGCAAAUUUUUGUUUCUACUGCCAUACGAAACAGCAAAAAAUCUCACGACACCUAGAGAAUAAACACAGCGGUGAGGAGGAGGUGAAAAAAUUUAUUAUGUUACCAAAAGGUAACGUAGAAAGGGCCAAGAUUAUUGGUCAGAUAAGAAAAAGGGGAAAUUUCCUUUUUAAUACGAAUGAGAAUUUAAAUGAUGGUGAGCUGAUUGUGGCGCGACGGCCUAAAAGCAGCAGGAAUAAAAGUGGUAGGGAUUACAGUGCAUGUGCAAACUGUAAGGGAUUUUUCUCAAAAGCCACCCUUCGAGUGCAUUUCAGAUCCUGCACAGGCAUUGAUUCCGACAUUAAAAGAUUGCCAAAUUUGCUAAGUAAAAAAAUCACAUCAAGAAUACAUCCUAUGGCAUCAAUAACUGUGAGAAAUCAUUUAUUCCCACCGCUGAGGGAGGAUGAUGUAUGUAGAGCAAUCAGAUAUGAUGAACUCAUCAUCAUUUAUGCUAACAAAAUGGUGGAAAAAUAUAGAGAACCGAGACAUUUCCAAAUGAUAAGGCAGAGAUUACGAUUAAUUGGUAAUUUCCUCAUUAAAAUGAAGGCACUGAGUAAGGAAAUAAAUAAUUUAGCCUCUAUAUAUGACCCAAAAUUUGUAGACAUGGUUUUAUCUGCUAUAAAUAUGUGUGCCCGGUACACUGAAACUACGAACUGCUUCGAAGCUCCUUCGGUAGCGUUCAGUUUGGGCACACUGCUGAAGCAGAUUGGCAAUUUAUUAAUAACAGAGUGCAUUAAAAACCACAAGGAAGAAAUGCGAAAAAAUGCUAAAUAUUUCUUGAAAGUUUUCGCUCAAGAAGUGAACAUAAAUGUAAACAGAACUGUUGCUGAAACUCAACUGAAAAUGAGUAGAACAAAAACAGUUAUGCUACCCACAAUGGGCGACAUAAAAAAACUCAGCGACUAUUUGACCAAGAAGAGAAAAGACGCCCUUGAGAAAUUGAAAAUUUGCUUCUCGUCAUUGGCCUGGAUAGACUUAGCAGAGGCAACGCUAACGUCUAUCCAGGUUUUCAAUAGACGACGCGCUGGAGAAGUCGAGAGAAUUAGCAUUACCGAAUUUGAAAAAUACGAAACGAUUGAGAGAAGUAAUAAUGAUCUAUUUCAAUCACUUUCAGAGAAAUCAAAAGAAAUUGCAAAAAAAUAUGUUCGAUUCACUAUAAGGGGCAAGUUGAAUCGGACGGUUCCUGUUCUAUUGGAUACUCAUUUAUGUGAGUGCAUCCAAUUAAUAAUAAAAAACAGAACAAAUAUGAGGGUCCACAAGAGUAACCCUUAUGUAUUCGGUACACCAGGGUCGGAUACAAAAAAGCAUCCACAUCUGAGUGCCUGCACUUUGAUGAGGAAAUUCUCUGAAGCUUGUGGUGCUGAGCACCCGACAAGACUACGUGGCACCAAUUUGAGGAAACAUAUAGCCACUACGUGUAUUACUUUGAAUCUUGAAAAUCAAGACGUAGUGGAUUUGUCGAACUUCAUGGGCCAUUCGGAGAAGAUACACAAGGGCAUUUAUCGUCAGCCCAUUAUAAGUAGGGACAUUUUGGGCAUUUCACAACUCCUGCAAACAGCUCAAGGAGAAAAUGAAAAUGCAAGCAGUGAUGACUCCGAAAAUGAGGUUGUCAAUGAUGAAGAACCAAUUCCUACAAAUGAAAUCAAUUCAACAGGAGGAACUCCAAAUCUUAGUGGGGGGAAUAGGAGGAAUUCCAGCAAAGCCCAUACCCUAUCUGGCACCCUCAAAAGAGUGAGGUGGACCCAAGAGGAGAAGGAUGCUAUUUUCCGUAUUUUCGGAGAAUAUAUGAAUAGAAAAGCUCUACCUCCUUUGAAAGUGAUACAAACAGUGAUAAAAGAAACUCCUGUUCUUCAGAAUCGCACGUCACCACAAAUAAAGACAUGGAUUCACAAUCAGCUGAAGGGCUCCAAGAAGAAACUUUCAUUUUCAAACUGAAUAUUUGUGAUAUUUUUAAUUUAUACAUAGUCAUUCGUUUUUAUUCAUAUUUAUUUAUUUUUUCAUAUAUUUAUUUACUUUUCAAGAAAGUUGUUUAUGUUUCUUCAUUUUCAUUCAUUUAUUUUCAUUUAUAUUUGUUCGUUUUAUUUAGAGAUUUAUUUAUGUUCCUUUGAAAUUCAUUUAUUUGUAUUCUUAAGAUUUUUUCAAGAUGGUGUUUCUUUCGAAACACUUCAUUUACAAUUGAAGUUUAUUAUUUUUCUUAAUCAAAAACCAAAGAAAAACCGAAUAUUUUAUUGUCACCAUAUUUUUAUGCCUUCAACUGGAAAUUCCUAACUAGAUAUUACAGAAGAACUAGGUCGACUAGAAAUUUGGAAAUGGAGAUUAGAAUAUUUAUCAUUCCUGGCUCUUUCGUACAUAUAGAGAAGAUAUUUAAAUUUGAAAAGAAUUAUGAUUCCCUUGACUUCCUCAUUAUUUAAAAUACUUUACCCAAUAAUUUAACUUCACCUUAUUUUUAUGACCUUUAACUGGGAAUACUCAAGUUCAAUCAAGAAGUUACUGAGGAACUGGGUCGACUAGAAAUUUGAAAAUUGAGAUUAGAAUACUUUCUCAAUCUAGGCUCUUUCGGUUAUACAGAGGAUCAAAAAAAUGUUCAUAACGGCGACCCCCCCCCAAUUUAAAGGCUAGGAUCGCCCUUGUCAUAAAUGCAAUUUCUGUAACGAAACUACAAUGAAAUAUAUUUUCGAAAAUAAAAUAAUCCUCAUAUUAAGA